AUGGAAUGGAUUCCGUAUUCUCAAAUUAAUAAUUUAGAAAAGAUAGCAGAAGGGGGAUUUGGUAUUAUUUAUAAAGCAAUUUGGUUAAAUAAAACUUCUGUUGCCGUAAAAAGAUUUUCAAAAUCACAUAUAAUAAACUUUUUAAAUGAGGUGAAAUCACUCCAUCGAUGCUAUGAUUCAGUUUUUAUUGUUAAAUAUUAUGGUAUUACGCAAGACCCUGUAAUAAAAGACUACAUAUGUUGGGAUUCCAAUCUCUUAAAGAGACCUUCCAUAGCAGAAAUUAAAGAAACCGUUGAUGGUUGGUACAAAAAGCGUAACAAAACUGAAAUAAUAUUUAGUAACGCUGAGGAACAACGAAUAGGAUUAAUACAAUUGAAACAACUUGGACCAAAAUUUACAGAAAAACAACAUCCUGGCGCUAUUUAUACUAGUAGGCCUAUAAAAUCUCUUAUUUCUCAAGUUUCAUCUCUUAAUUCGUCUUCGACUAUUUCGAAUCAAGUUUCGAAUCAAGUAUACACUUCGGAAGAAUAUAAAUUUGAUAUAGAUAAUAGUCAUGAUACUCAAAGACAAACCAUUUCAAGAUCUUCGUCUAUCAAAUCAUCAUCUGGAUAUAUUUCAAACGAUUUAGAUUUUGAUAUAGAAACAAAUACUCAAAGAUUAACCACGUUUGAAUCUAUAAGAUCUUCGUCUAUCAAAUCAUCUUCUGGAUAUAUUUCAAAAGAUUUAGAUAUAGAUAUAGAAACAAAUACUCAAAGGUUGAAUAUAUUUUUUUUGUUGGUUGAUUCUUCUUGUGGGUUGUUAUAUUCUAGAAGACUUGGAUAG